AUGCCCGCAGUGGCGGCCAGAGGCGGUGCCACCGGCGGCAGCAGCAUCAGGGCGGGCGCGGGCCUGCCGCCGCCGCCGCGGAGGGGCCAGAUCAAGGGGAAGAUCCUCAAGGACGUCGUCGCUGCUGUCUCCGCCAUAGUCGCGGGCCUCGUCAAGAACAACCGCGGCGACGGCGAGGAGGGUCUCCCGGCCUCCGAUGACGCCGGCGACAAGUGA